UUUGUAAGUUAGAAGAUUUAUUAGUAUUUCCGUUACGGUUUUUCAAGAUAAGCAUGCGCCCAAGCCUCAGUUCCCCCAUUUCACUGCGCAAAGGCAAAGCAACAUCCUCUCUAGUUCAACUUCAAGCAUUAGACAGAAACUGUCUUGAGAUUUCUAGGUAAAAUGCUGGCUGUUUUCGAGAAAGCAAUUGGAAACCCACCGGAGGAGCUGAGGCUACCUUCAAUCGGCUCAGAGGGUAAGAAAAAUCGAGCAGAAAUCUUAGAGACUUUCCGGUCAUUGUUGCCCGAAUCGACCCUGUACAGCCUGUCAAAUGGGAAUUUCAUGGCACUGUCUCGCGAAGGGAGUCCAGUGCAUCCCAGGUCCAUGGUUGUCUUGGAUGACAUCUUCUGCAUAUUCCUUGGGACUCUAGACAACAUGUCUGAACUCAGGCGGUACUAUGGCCUUUCAAGACAAGCAACAGAAGCCAUGGUUGUGGUUGAAGCUUAUAAGGUCCUAAGAGACAGAGCACCGUACCCACCUGAUCAAGUCAUCAGAGAUCUCCAAGGAAAAUUCGCAUUCUUUCUCUUUGAUGCUAAAACGAGGACCCUUUUUGCAGCCAGGGAUCGUGAAGGAAGAGUUGAAUUCAACUGGGGAAUGGCCGGAGAUGGCUCCUUGGUCUGCUCUGAUGAUCCCAAAAUCUUGCAAAUUGCUUGUGGAAAUUCCUGUGCUCCGUUUCCUCCAGGCUGCAUGUUCAUGAAUGGCUGUGGGCUCACCAGCUUCGAUCAUCCACUUCACAAGGUAAGAGCAAUAGCUCAGGAAGACGAUGAUGGGAGGAUCUCCGAGGUCUUCUUUCAGGUGGACCUGUUGACUCGACUCCCUAGUAUUCCCCGCACCGGCAGCGCCACCAAUUGGGCGGACACCACUUUCAUCCAAGGGGAAUUUAAACAGAUCUAAUCUCAUCAUGUUGGGAUGAAGAACGUUGUUGAUCGUGUUUAAGUUUGUUCUGUUGGGUCUUCUUUGAGGUCCUAAGUUAAAAGAACUUAUGUUCGACAUUGAUAAUUAAUACAUUGUAGCUUUAAUC